GCGCAGAGCUCGAGGAGCGGCCAGGCUGCGACCCUGGCUCCCCGGCAGGACCCGCGGACACCUCCGCCUGGGACACCUCCGCCUGCUCCUGGCGUUACGCACGACAUGAGCCACGGGCAGAGAGCCGACAUGGUGCCGGAGAUCGCCGCGGCCGUGGGCUUCCUCUCCAGCCUCCUGAGGACGCGGGGCUGCGUGAGCGAGCAGAGACUCAAGGUUUUCAGCACGGCGCUCCAGGAGGCGUUAACAGAGCACUACAAACACCACUGGUUUCCCGAAAAGCCUUCCAAGGGCUCUGGCUACCGCUGCAUCCGCAUCAACCACAAGAUGGACCCCAUCAUCAGCAAGGUGGCCAGCCAGAUCGGACUCAGCCCGCCCCAGCUGCACCAGCUGCUGCCCAGCGAGCUGACCCUGUGGGUGGACCCCUACGAGGUGUCCUACCGUAUCGGGGAGGACGGCUCCAUCUGUGUCCUCUAUGAGGAGGCCCCGGUGGCUGCGUCCUGCGGGCUGCUCACCUGCAAGAACCAGAUGCUGCUGGGUAGAACCAGCCCCUCCAAGAGCUACGUGAUGGCCGUUUCCAGCUAGACGCCGCGCUGUGGCCGCCACCACCUGCCACCCGCUGGCUCCAUGCUGAACUCAUCCUGCCGUGACCACAGGCCGCCGCAUACCUCAACCUGGGGAACUGUGUUUUUACAUGAAGAGCUAUUUAUAUA